AAAGUUUUUAUAUAGUAUUUAAUUAACCAAUGAUAUUCAAUAUUGAUGGCUCAUAUUCAUACCCUACCAUAGAAAUACUAUUGUAUGUUUAUGUACCCUAUCUGCUUACCUUAUAAUUUUUGAUAUCCGCAACAAGUGUUUAUUAUCUAAUCGUUUUAAGCCGGUUUCUGUUUAAUGAUUCGGUGGUCUGUAGUCAGAAGUAUAUUGACAAUAAUAUUGUUCAAGAUUUUUAUUUUUCAAUAAAAUGUUUCGAGGAAACAUAUUAAAGAAAAAUAUUUUUCAACAAGCAGUUAGAUUGAACUGUUCUAUUCCAAAUAUUCCUAUGUACAUAGAUGGCAAAUUUGUUGAAUCAAAAACAAAUGAGUGGAUUGAUGUUCAUAAUCCCGCUACUAAUGAAGUAAUAUCUAGAGUUCCUAAGUGUACACAAGAUGAAAUGGAACAUGCAGUAGAGUCAGCUAAAGCAUCUUUUAAAACUUGGUCAAAAACUUCCGUUAUGAGAAGACAACAAAUUAUGUUUCGUUAUCAAGAAAUUAUUAAAAGUAACAUGAAAAAAUUAGCAGAAAAUAUUACUAAAGAACAAGGAAAAACAUUAAUUGAUGCUGAAGGUGAUGUGACACGAGGUCUUCAGGUUGUUGAAAACUGCUGUAAUUUUACAAGUUCUAUUAUGGGUGAAUCUUUACCACAAGUUGCUACUGAUAUGGAUAUACAUUCAUAUCGAGAACCACUUGGAGUAACGGCUGGUAUUGCUCCAUUUAAUUUUCCAGCUAUGAUACCUUUAUGGAUGUUUCCUGUGUCAAUAUCUUGUGGAAAUGUCUUUGUUAUUAAACCAUCUGAAAGAGUUCCAGGAAAUUGCAUGAUGCUUGUAGAGAUGUUAUCUGAAGCUGGUUGUCCACCUGGAGUUGUAAAUGUCAUUCAUGGUAGUGUGAACACAGUCAAUUUUAUUUGUGAUGCACCUGCUAUUAAAGCUAUUUCAUUUGUUGGAGCAAAUACAGCAGGAGAGCAUAUAUUCAGCCGAGGAUCAAAAAAUGGUAAAAGAGUACAAAGUAAUAUGGGUGCUAAAAAUCAUGGUGUAAUUAUGUCUGAUGCAAACAAAACUAGUAUGCUAAAUUCUCUUGUUGGAGCUGCUUUUGGUGCUGCUGGUCAACGUUGUAUGGCAUUAAGUACAGCUAUAUUUGUAGGAGAAGCAAAAAAUUGGCUUCCUGAAUUAAAAGAACGUGCUAAAGCUUUACAAGUAAAUGCAGGUCAUGUUCCAAAUACUGAUGUUGGCCCAGUAAUAUCGCCUGAAGCAAAAAAAAAAAUUCAUGAUUUAAUUCAAUCAGGUAUUAAUGAAGGGGCUAAGUUACUAUUAGAUGGAAGAAAUAUUAGCGUUCCUGGAUAUGAAAAAGGCAAUUUUGUUGGUCCAACCAUUUUAACAGAUGUCAAACCUCAUAUGAAAUGCUACACACAAGAAAUUUUUGGACCAGUACUAAUUUGUUUAACUGCUAAUACAUUAGAUGAAGCUUUAAAUAUUAUUAAUUCUAACCCAUAUGGAAAUGGUACUGCUAUUUUUACUACAAAUGGAGCAACUGCCAGAAAAUUUACCCAUGAAGUUCAAUGUGGAAAUGUUGGUAUAAAUGUUCCAAUUCCAGUACCAUUACCAAUGUUUUCUUUUACUGGAACAAGAGCCUCAUUUUUAGGUCAAAACCAUUUUUAUGGAAAACAGGGCUAUCAUUUUUAUACUGAACUAAAAACAGUUACUCAACUAUGGAGAGAAUCAGAUGCUACUGAUACAAAAGCAGCUGUAUCUAUGCCUGUAAUAAACUAAAAUGUAUAGUAUAGUAUUUAACAUCAUAUGUCUGUAUAUUUUUUUUCAAUUAAAUUUUUUGAAUUUGUUAUUGUUAUAUUACUUUUAAUAAAAUUAUUAUUUUUAAAUUAAUGUAGUGUUAAAAUCUUGAUUUAAAUAUUAAUUUUAGUAAAACUGAAAAUGAAUCUAGAGUUAUUAUUUUUAUUUUAUGUGUGCGGUAGUAUAUAAAAGUCGGGAUGUGAAAAUUGUAUUUUUGCAUGAAAUCAUUCUGUAUGUAUACAAGAUGAUUAAUUUAUUGUUCGAUUUUUUCUUUAAUAAUAAACAUAUUUUUAUUUUUCAUAUCAUAA